AUGGAAGAUCCAAUCAUUAAUCAUAAUCAGCUCACCACGGUGCCAACUUUUGAGCAGAAUCUUUCCAAUACAAUCAAUUCAGAAGCACACCCAUGUCCUACCGAGCAUAACCACAAAUUUUCAAAAAAUUCUGCAAAAUAUGUAAUUGAGUCAAAAAAAAAUUCGCCAAGAAUUUUUGAAAAUAGAAAUAUUAAAUCUCACAAGGGGAAUGCAGUUGUUCCAUAUAUAAAUAGCGAAAAUAAAAAUCUCAUUGAAAAACCAGACGAAGAGCAUAAGCUCGUAUAUGCAGAAACGUUUACCCUCCAUUCAUUUAUCAAAUAAAGCACAAUAUUAAAAAUAUUAUCAAUAAUAAAAUUUUUAUAAAUUUAUUUAUAUAAUAUAACCGAAAGUUUAGGGAAAGGUCAAGUGAUAAGCUGGAAACGAUUAUAACCCAUAGUAAAACUACAAGAAAUCACCACGAAGAAGCAAGACCAAGAACAGUCAGAAUUAGUAAAUGUGGGAAAUGCAAAAAACUUUCAUAUAUAGAAAAUGACAUUUGUUGUCAUUGUAAAACUGUUUGCAACAAGAGCUCAUACCUAAAAUCUUUUGCGCGUGCAUCUGCCUAUUGCUGCUGCUGGCUUUGCACGUAA